GUUGGACUAUGAGCGGCCAUCAGUAACAACCUGAUUCAUCAGGCCCUGAUUCACCGGGAGGCCUGGUGAAGCACUGGGCCACGGGGGCGUUGACCCCCGGAAUACCCUCCAGACGCAGAGGCCAGAACAGAGCGUCAUGCAAGCGCUGGAGUCCCUCAACGAUGGUCAGGUGAAUGACUUCUUGACAGGCAAGGCCCCACUCAACCUAACUAUGCGACUUGGGGAUCACAUGAUGCUCAUUCAACUCCAGCUGUCCACUGUAUCACCUGGCGGCUCAAGGAAGACCCGUCUCCAACCCACACACAGUCAUACCCACUCUCACACUCAUGCGCACACCCAUACUCACACACACACGCAUGCUCACACACACACUCACAGCCUUGACCAUGGAGGGGCUGCUCGUACAUCCACACAUUCUCAUCCUCUAACGCCACCAUAUACCCCUCAUGCUACCUGCUCGGGUUAUUCUCCUGUGCACACGUCUCAUAUGUCCAGCCAAUCCUCAAUCCCAACUUCCGUGACAAUUAACCCUAGUCAGUCUACGUCCUCUAAUUCUGCAGCCUCCAAUACAUCUACUAUGUCUAAUUCCCCUUCUUCUCCAUCUUCUUCCUCCUCUUCCUCCUCUUCUUCCCCUACCUCCUCUGCAUCAGCAACCUUACAUCACCAACAUAAUCUUUUACACCAUCAUCAUUAUCAUCAUCAUAGUAUGGGCUGUGGAUCUCCAUCAUCCCCUCCACCACCAUACUUAGCCACCCCUCCACACCACCACCAUCACCACCACCUUCACCAUCAUCAUCACCGGCAAAUACCAGGCUCUCCUUCCACCCCCAACAGUCCCACCUCAACUUCGAGCGGAUCAAACUCCAGUUCGCCGUCUGGUCUUGGAAUGGAUGGUGACCUUCCUGUCAGAGGGUGUCCACACAGGGGUGAGGAAACUGACCCUAGAGCCUCUUUAGAUACCAAGGCACUGGCUGAGGCUUCCCGUAACUUAACUCAGACACUAAAGCAGUUGUCCUCGGAAGUCCUGACAUCAAAACCAGAGCAGAAGGAGGAUACCCUGACCCCCCAUGAGGUGGCAGCAACAUCUCUGGGUUCAAUGGGUGGCAACAGCAGUAGUAAUAGUAGCACUAGUAACAGCAGCAGCAGCAUUAGUAGUGGCAGCAACAGCAGUGGCAGUGGGUGCAGCAGCAGUAGCAGUAGCAGCAGCAACAGUAGUAGUAAUAGCAGCAGCAGUGGCAGCAGCAGCAACAGCAGCAGCAGCAGUGCAACUAGUAGCAACAGCAGUAGUAGCACUGGUGGCAUUAAGAAGCAGGGAGCCAUAAUUGAGAGUAUGCAUCACCAUGGCAAAGGGGUGUACUCAGGCACUUUCUCAGGUACUCUGAACCCAGCACUGCAGGACAGGCAGGGACGUCCAAAGCGGGAUAUAUCUACCAUUAUCCAUAUCCUCAAUGACCUUCUAUGUGCCACUCCCCAGUAUCGUCGACAUUCAACCAACAUUUCUCUAAGUACCUCGACACCCACCACCAGCCGAAGUAAAAACAUUGGUGGAAUUGCCAAGCGGGUUGGGCAUCAAACUGGUGGUGCCUCCACUAGUGAAGUGAAGGUCCAAGAUUCUACUACACAUCUUAAUGGUGGGAAGUCUGCUGAUAAUGCACAAACUACCGAACAAGAUUCUGGAGAUGAAAACCAAGCAAUGCGCACUAAAGUGGAACAACUGCGAUUAAUUAUGGAGCAGAGACGUGCUCGCCGUAAGGCCCGCCGUGAUGCCCGCACCCGCCCAUACCCACACACUUCAGCAUCGUGGGCCACUGAUACCAGUGUUCCUACAGUUGUCACUGCUAGCAGCACAGCAUCAGCAAGUACUGCUCAAGCUAUGGAGGUUGAUGGUAGUAAAGCUGAUGGUACUGACCCUGCUACCCUGUGUGAGCUCAACUCAGAGACUGUUGUGGCUUAAUGGUGGGCUAACACUAGAAGGAUGUUAGGGUGGUGCGUAGGAAGAAUUUGCCAUGUUAAACUCACCGCGUUAUAGUGGUAAAUAAUGAGUUUACCUUUGCACAAUUGCCUGUAACCCAAGGUUACUCAUUUAGCCAAGGUAAUAGAAGUCUUAUUACUGUAAGGCUUGCCAUCUGGCAGUUAAAAAGGGGGAAUGCAAAGUGUUUUGUCUGUGAUUUAGGGUUGAAAGUGUUGCAAGUAAUUUGCAACAUAGAGCAUUGAUUGAUGAUGUGCUUCCACAGUUGGAAAAGAUGACAGGUGUAACAAGCCAACUUGCUUAUGAAGAAUAUACAUGAGUACACAUGUAGUUGAAACAGACUCUGUUAAUAACCUUCGAUGUUCUGAAAGUUUCUUACAGUUGAUUAAAGCAACGACUUGUUGGAAACAGAUUUAGAAAUGAAAAUGAGCAGUUUGUAUUGCAUCUGUUCAAUAAGUUUGUUUUCUCAACAGUAGACCACCCGUGAGGCUUACCCUGGGAAAAAAUGCUUGUGGCUUAGCAGGGACACAGUACACAGAAUUACAGUAUGGAAUUCAGGAUAUGUAUCAGGUGGCCUUGUAAGUCUCAAGUAUUUCUAGGGUCUUGAAAUGAGAAUCAGUUUUUGUCUUUCCUUGAAGCUCAAGUCAGCUCCUGAUUAGCCAGGCUGUGGUGCUAAAAGUCCCCAGCAUCAUUAUAUCUAUAGUAAUACUGACAGUUUUCCUAUAACCAACAGUCCAAGUGAUCAGGCUGUCAACCAGGGGUCUGGUCUGGGACUGGGCCAUGGGGACAAUGAACCCCAGAAUCUGCAACAGGCACAUAUAUUUGAGUUCUCAGGUUACACAAUAUUUGAUUCGGUCAAUUCUAGACCCCAUAGUCUUCAGUUUGGUGUCUUGCUUGAGGCUGCAUAACUCUGCUAAGACACCAUUCAUAAGUUGACAACAGUUCAGGCUAUAUUAGGAGGGUAUUACAUCAUCUGAGGACGGCUGAAUCUACCUCGUCAUAAAACCAAUUGCUAUUUCUUUUCAUACAAGCAGAUCAUAUAACCCUUAUUCUAAUAUUAUAUAUACAAUAUGCUGUUAUAAUUCAGGAUGUCACCUCGGCUGUUAAAGCCCCAUAGAUCCAAUUGCCAUAGUUAUGUGUAGAUGUGGUUGAACUCACUUUUUGUGUAAUGAUUGACUUUUGGCUUCUGAGAAAUUUUGAAUCACCCAAGCCACAAGCUAUGGAGAUGAUAAUGCUUAAGUUGUCUGUGUUGACGUGAUACUUGUAUCCAGUGCGGGUUUACCUUCUUAUAUGCGCCACCAAUGCUGUAAAUAACACUUUAAAAGCCUUGAAAGAUGCAAAAGGCAUCUCCAUAGAUAAAAAAAAAAUUAUUUAGUGAAUGUUAAAGUUUAGGCCCCUUGUUCUUAGGCCCUUGAGUAGCAGAUGAAGGCACUAAGCAGUCAUUGUUAAUGUGAUUGUUUAGUAACUAAGUCUGCUUAAUACUGAUGGUUUACUAACAAAUAAGAAUGCCAGUCCAUGAUCAUGUGGUGUUGGUGAAUACAAAAUGACUAAUGAGGAAGUGUAUGACAAGGGAGCAAAUUCUCGGAUCAUGCCAACUAUGUUUACGAAGUGAAGAUAUGACAACUUCUUGAGCUCAUUUUUAUGAUCUUUUCUUGUGUUGUAUUGAUUAUUUUCAAAAUCUAAUUUUAGAGGGUUGUCUAUGUGAAUAAUUCCUUUUCUUGGAGAGAAACUACUUAAAUAACUUGUUACUCCCCUUUUUUCCUAAAACAAUGUUGAAUAUUUAAAUAUAUGUAUUAUUAUUAAUAAUCAAAAAGAAGCGCUAAGCCACAAGGACUAUACAGCUAAAUAUAUGUAGCAGAUUAAAUUAGAGCAUAAUAUAAAUAUUAUUGCACAUUUGGACUAUAAAAGCUAAAACAGGUUAACAUGCAAUUUUUGUACAUAAACCUUUAUUGCAGAUUUUCCAUGUAAUUAUUAUACUCGAGGGGAAGCACUAAAUGUGUAGGGGUGUCAUUCAAUUUCUCUGCAAUCUUGUCAGAUUCUGCAUUAUAAAACAACACUAGUAUAUUUAUUCUGCAUUAGUUUUCAUAUCUUGACUUGAGUAAGCCAGGUCUAAUUAUAGUCACAAACUUACAUGUGGUAUGGCCUGCUUUCUAAAUAUUCACCAUAACGAUUCAUCUAAUACUAAAAAUGUAAAUUUUGAGAGAGGGUUUUGGGUGACUCAAAAUUGAUCCACAUUCAAGUCUUAUGUAAGUUUAUGACUAAAAUGUGACUGUAACAGUAGGUGUAAUUGCUCUUUAUACACUUUAUAUUUCCACUUAUGCUUUAUUCAAAUUUAAACCCCCAUUGUGAUGGAUAUUAUGAAUUUACUGUUACGGUCACUGAAUCAAACUGGACAGUUGUCUGCAUUGUGAUAUUAGAUAGAUGGACACUCCAAAAUGUUCUUGCUUUCAGCCUCCUUUUUUAUAUUUUUUUUUUAUUUUCACUGUUGAGGACUGAACCAAGGAGAUUCAUAUACCGGUACAACAGUGUCUUGUUGGAGUUGGCAGUUUUAUGUUAUCUAGGUUGAGACUUCCAUGUUUGUCUUCUCCAGUUCUAGAUAGUCACCUAUGAGACUUGGAGAUAUUAAUAAUGUAAAAGUAUUUUACGCUUGCUUUAUAGCUGUGGGUCUUGCUAGAAAUGUUAAUUUAAAAUUAGUAAUUCAAAAUGUUUUUUGAGUUCUAGCAGGCAAUUUUAAAAUAUAACAUGUCAGCCAAAUUCAGUGUAUUUUCCAUUAUUGGAUCUCAGGUGGAAUGUCUCAGAUUUGACUCUCUAGAACUGGGCCGCAUCAUACAACUUCAUCUGCUUACUAAUUAUUACUGAACUGGAUGUUAAUUGGAAUUGUGUCCCAAGUCCAGGAUUUGUUUUUUCAUUGGAUUUUCUAUUAUAAUUAUGAAGAUUUACCAAGAGUUUUAAGAAAUAAAAUGUUAGGAUAUUGUUAUGUAGGGCUACUAGCUUAGUGUUUAUUUCGAUUCAGUAUGUUGUAACAAAAUUUAUUAUAAUUUUUCAUUGUUUUAAGACUAUAUAUUCCUCUAUUUUCACCGUUAAUUUAGCACGUUGUCAUUGUAAAUUACCUUGUUGAUUUUUAAGGGUAAUUUUGCAUAAUUAGGGCAUUUUAAUUCAACAUGUUACAUACAUCAUUGGGAAAACCAUUUUGUUGUUAACUGGUAAAUGAUCAGUGGCUUUUGUUUUUGAAGUCUUUUAAAACUGAAUUUCAAGACUGACUUACUGUUGCACGAAGCAGCGAGCCUCAUCCUCAUGUUGACUAUAUUAGUCAGGAUGUUUGCUGCAGUUUCCAUCUAAUUUGAGAUAAUCUAUAGGAGUGAUUUAGUGUUCAGACUCAUUCAUUACCCAUUCAGAAUGGGUAUUGUGUUGCCUGUAUUAAACAGGACAAGGGCCCACUUGCAGUACCCAUAUGGCUCAAAAUUUUAUCUCCGUGUCAUCUUUGGUAAGUGAUAAGCAUUAAAAGCUAUUCUAUGCCAUCAGGUUAAGUUAAACACAUUAUAACAGCCACAGUUACAGACAGUAAGCAGUGGUGAUAUUCUAUAUUAUUGGAUGCUGAUGCAUUUUUGAAAUACUGUUACUGCUCAUGGUUGGUUUGUGCAGUGUUCUGAAUAUAUGCCUUAUGUGCUAAUCGUUUUUAUGUUUAUCUUAAUAUCACAGAGGAGCUUGGCACAAGUGAUAACAAAUCUGUUACAUUUAGCACUGUUUGGAUGUAUUAUAGUAAGGAUACUGCAGGAAAGGUUCCAGAUUUGUGUCCUGCUAAUUACAGUGGGCUUUGAGAGAACACCAGUCAAGUGGAGUAAUGAAGAGAACUGUCAUUUGACAGAAAAAAUACUUUACAAGCUGACCAAAGAACAUAGCAAAAUAAUAUCAAAUAAAAAGAAUACAAAAUGGAUGAAUGGGAGACUAAAACAUUUUUGUGAGGGGGAGGGGAUGGGAGGAAUUUAUAGGCACAUCAAGAAUGUCAGUCACCUUAUGGACCAAUAUCCAUAUUAAAAGGGGUUAAAAAUAAGAAAACCUAGGGACAAUGAAAUUCAAAGUAUAUAGAACAAAGAUUAGAAAAAUGUUUGGCCCACUUAAGACAAACUCUGGACAGCAUACUGAUAAUGAAAAGAAAUGCAGUUAAUUUUUUCACAAGAUAAAACAAGAAUCUUUGUAAUUAUUAUAAUUAACCCUAGGAAAAAUUAUGUAUAGCUGUGAAGUAUGGUUUUCAAUAUAACAUACAUGUGUUUUAAAUUGGUAGUAGGUUGGUAGACAGCAACCACCCAGGGGGGUACUACCAUCCUGCCAAGUGAGUGUGAAAUGAAAGCCUGUAAUUGUUUUACAUGAUGGUAGGAUUGCUGGUGUCCAUUUUUGUCUCAUGAACAUGCAAGGUUUCAGGUACGUCUUGCUACUUCUACUUAUACUUAGGUCACACUACACAUACAUGUACAAGCAUAUAGUAUAUACACACCCCUCUGGGUUUUUCUUCUAUUUUCUUACUAGUUCUUGUUCUUGUUUAUUUCCUCUUACCUCCAUGGCGACUAAAAUGCCAGGAGCAAGGGGCUAGUAACCCCUUCUCCUGUAUAUAUUACUAAAUGUAAAAGGAGAAACUUUCGUUUUUCCUUUUGGGCCACCCCACCUCGGUGGGAUACAGCCGGUGUGUUGAAAGAAAGAAAGACGUGUUUUAAACAACUGGACUGAUUAAUACAAAAAAAGUCCCCAGAUUCUGACACAGUUUUCAAAGUUCUUAAUGCAAGAUGGAGUUAGUUAGCCACUGACUAAUCUUUUCAAAAUAUCACUACAAAUAGGUAUCAUACCUGACAUGUGGGAGAUGGCUAAUGUAAUUCAUAUAUAUAAAAUGAGAGGUCCCUAUCAUUGAAGGUCACCUUAUGGACCAACAUAUCCAUAUUAAAAGAGGUUAAAAAUUAAAAGGAGGCCCUACCAUUGAACUACCACCCAGUCAAUCAUUACAGUCCACAUCUAGGGAAUUGGGUCUGUGCUCCAAUUUCCUGAAUUAAGCCUGAAUGCCUUCCACGCCCUUUCCCCCCACAGGCACUGUAUAAUCCCUCUAGGUUUAGCACUCCCCAUGAUUUUACACUCCACAACAGUAGAUGUAAUUAGAAUUGGACCUGAUUUUCCCUUUCCUUGGAUAGAACCUGAUUGCCUACCAUUUCCCAUACCCCGUAUGAUUCCUAUGAGGUUAGCACUUCUCUUCUACUACUACUACUACUACUAAUAAUAAUAAUGUAGUCCCAGCACUGAUUAGAAGGGGAUGUUCAUACCUGACACCUACCGACUCUGUUGGUCUGGGUUGGACCACAACAAAUUGCUUUCUGUCAAGUAAAUGGCUCUAGCCAUCUUCCCACUGCUGUCAUGUCUGGGAGACCACAAUCUCCUGUUUACAUAUUGGACAUGUGACUCGCUCACUGUACUUCAUGAAUAAACACCUGGCACUUGCCCGCAGGAUAUACUACUACUGACAUCUCUGCUGCCUCAGAAUACUAACUGCCUUCCUUGCUGAAGGUCCCACCUUUGACAGACUCAUCGACUUUUUAACAGAGACCAACUCUGAUUUAGAUUUUACUACUGCUCUCUCCCACCUCCACUAACACCUAUUCCUACAGACAUCCCACCCUUCAGUGCUGUAUGACCCUUUCGGGUUUGUAAUUAAAUUAAUUAUAUUAUGAUGUAAGUGUUUUGUCACCCUGCCUCUGUGGGAAAUGGCCGAUGUGUUAAAGAAAAUAAUUAUUAUUAAGCUUUAGUAAGGCAUUUGAGGUAGUGGACCAUAGUAAAGAAUAUGUUGCUGUCUACUUGAAUUUCAGUAGAGAUUUUGAUAAUAUAAGCAACUAAACAUAAAAUGGUUAUAUAGCACUGCAAGGUUUUUUAUUAAAGCUCCUCACAGAAGACUGUUCCACAAAUAGGUAACACAGGGUACUGGACGAAUGGUUCUGUCAUGGAUCAAGAUAUGGAUGAUAAAUAGGUAGCAAAAGGUAUUGGAUGAAUGGUUUUCUCAUGGAUCAAGACAUGGAUGAUAAGCAGGCAGUACAGGGUUUGCAUAAACUGAUUGAAAUCAGAACGGAAACUAGUCAUGAAUAGCUCCACGAUGAUCAGUUUUGGCCCCUUGUUGUUUGGGAACAACAUUAAUGAUCUUGCUAAGGGAAUAUGUGACAUAAGUAAAUUCAUUGACUACACCAAAAUAGGUAAAUACAAGAGGUAGACAGGAUAUAUACAAUGGGGAUAAAAAUGAGGUAUCAAGGAUAUCUGACAAGAAAGAGCGUAAAAUUUAAAGGAUACAGGCAAGUGCUGUUUCAGCAAUGAAGGUGUCAAUGAGUAUAAUAGAUUACUGAGUUGUGUCACAGAGGCUUACAGUUUGGGUAGCCUGAAAAAAGAAAAUUGGUCAGUUAUAUAAAUUAACCUUGGAUGGAUUCAAUCAUGAUGUGCAUAGCAUGGGCCAGUAGGCCUAUCACAGUGCUUUGCUAUUAUAUAAUGGCACUGCAAAUGAAAUUAUACGUCAAAGCAUAUAUUUAGCAACACUUGCACAUUCCACGGUCAAUUUUCAUUGAGAUAAUAAAGUAUUGAUGUUUUAGGUGAAGAUUAAAAAUAAAAGAGUAACCUUUGGUGUCUGUAAACCAAGAGCACCAAUCUUCUAGGAUACUUUUGCAAUACUUCUCAGGGAUUUCUUCUUAUUGCUCAUUCUCCUGUGUUUUGCUUCUCUUUGCAAGUUAAAAUUGGGUGUUGGUUUUUCAACAUAGGGGAAAUAACAAGGCAGUGCAUAGGCAACUUACCAUCUUGGUAACUUUAGCAAGAUAGUUUCAACCGCUUUCUUUUAAGCGUUCGUAACACAGGAAAAUGUAGAAUAUUACAAGCAUAUUUAUUAGUUUACACUAUGCGGGUAUGAGAGUAGGACCAACAAAUUUUUUUCCCGUUCCUCGGAUGAAACACUUGUGUAGUUCAGAAAUGCAUUUUAUUUAUAUAAUGAAGUUGGAUAGCUGAUUAAUCAAGCUUAAAAUACAGGUAAUCAGCUUUUUGCUGUUAUGAAAGCAGUAUAGUAGAAUACUUCUCAUGGAUCUCAACAUUUUAAGCAGGGAAGAACCUUACUGUCUGUAACUAUUGCUGUUGUAUAUUAAUCAUCAGACAUAGCAUGAGCAUUCUAUUAGAUUGUUUUGACAGAGGGCAUUGGAUUCCUCCUUAUUUAUUCAAAAUAAAAUAUUUCUGCACGACAGAAUUUAAAAGAAAUACAUAAAGGACCAUGUCACUGUCAUCCAAUCAUCAUACAGAAAUCUCACUCGUCGUCAUUAAGAAAUUGCUUUCUCUUUUAUAUCGACUUCAAGUCCCACCUGAAGUGUGCAGAGUUGAAGAGGUUGUGGAGAGAUGGGGCCAGCUGUGACAAGCUCUUAAAAACAAUUCAAUUUUCAUACUUAAAGCCUCAACAGGUUUACCAGUCAGCUACUUUCUCCCAGCCCCUUCUUUUUAUGUCAGGUGUUGUUUCCCCUUGUUGAUUCGUCCUUGUUGUACAUUGAUAAACACGAUGGUGAGAUUUAGCAACUACAAAUAAAAAAUUAUUUGUUCUAAAGCCCCAUUACUAGGUCUCUGUGAUUAGACAGUAGGCAUGGGUAUGUCAAAUAAUUUUGUAUUUUGUUACUGAAUAUCAUCUUUUAAUAUUAAUAUUAAUCUUACUAGAUUUGAGUGCUGUGUAUUUGAAUGAGGUGCAGCACUAUAAUUAAUUGUUAGAGCUUGAGGCUUUAGUUGGAAAUAAUAUUGUACAUCUAGCAUGUAUAUAGGGAUUGAAUGCCACUGAAAUGUGUAGUGUAGUAGUAUUUCAGGCAGUUUCCCAGAUACAUUGCAUGCACUACUAGUUUGAUGUUCAUAUUAUGACAUAUAUGAUUAACCAGCAUUGCAUAAAAGUAUACAAGGUUGAUGUUCUCAGAUAUUAACCUUGUCUACUUUUAUUUUCAAGACCCUUAGAUGCUGCUCUUGCUAUAAUAGGGAAAGAUAGUAAGUGGUGAUAAAUAAAUCCCAAGCAUAGCUUUGUAUUGGGCUCAGGAUCUUAUACAAAAAAAAAACCCAUGGGAGAGUGACCUUGUCUGAAACACUGCAAGAUAUGUUAUUGUUGAUCACAUCCUGUACAGGUGAGAGAAUAUUGAACUGCUAACAGCAAACAUUUACAUCACAAAUACUUUGCCUGUAUCAUUAGCGUUAAGAUUUUUUUCCUUGGUUCAAAGUGGUAUGGCUGAAAUUAUGUUGUAUUUUGAAAGGUGUGUAGAUUCCCAUGUCUGUUCUUCACGUUAAUAAAUCAGUAUGUUGAA